CUAAACCGUGACGUAGCCUCCUCCGUCUUCCUCCUCCUCCUCCUCCUCCUUCAGCCUCAGCCCCCUAGGGUUUCGAAUCGCCUGCGCCAUCUCCAUCUCCUUCAUCUCCUCCUUCAUCUUCCAACGAAAGGGUCGAUGGAGAACUUCGCGUACGGCUACCCAGUAUCGCCUGAAAUCGUGGGCUGACGCGCGAUUCCGGUGAAACCCCACCCUGGUUUCGAUCCUUCUUGCUGUUUGAUUGGUCCUCGGCCCUCGGCCCUCGGACCCUCCUUGGGCCAUGGCGGCGAAGAAGGUGAUAGCGAUAUGCCAGUCGGGGGGCGAGUUCGUGGCCGACAAGGACGGGGCGCUGUCCUACGCCGGGGGCGAGGCGUACGCGAUCGACAUCGACCAGCAGACCCAGCUGGACGACUUCAGGGCGGAGGUCGCCGAGAUGUUCGGCUGCGGCGCCGCCGACGCGAUGACGAUCAAGUACUUCCUCCCCGGGAACAAGAAGACCCUGAUCACGAUCUCCAAAGACAAGGACUUGCAGCGGAUGGUGAGCUUCCUCGGGGAUUCCGGCACCGUCGACGUGUUCGUGAUGUCGGAGGAAGCCGCGGCCGGGAACCUGUCCAACAUGCCCGCUAGUAGGUCGAGCAGGACGACGGUGUCGGAACAGGUGGUUCCACUGGUCGUGCCCGUCGAUGCGGCGUACGAUAUGACCAACACGAGCGACCGGCUUGACUUGGACGUGUGCGAUGGGCGGCCUCUAUGCAGCAUCCCCGCGAGUUCCAGUGAUGAGAAGCAUCGUAGAGCCGCGACGCAGUGGGAGAAUACCAUCACGGGUGUGGAUCAAAGGUUUAAUAGCUUUAGCGAGUUCAGAGAAGCCUUGCAUAAAUACUCGAUAGCGCAUGGCUUCGCUUACAGAUAUAAGAAGAACGACAGUCAUCGUGUUAGCGUGAAAUGCAAGUCCGAGGGUUGCCCGUGGCGGAUAUAUGCGUCUAGGCUAGCAACGACUCAGUUGGUUUGCAUCAAGAAAAUGAAUGCGGAGCAUACAUGUGAAGGAGCCACUGUUAAAGCUGGGUAUCGGGCAACAAGAGGCUGGGUUGGGAGCAUUAUAAAGGAAAAGUUGAAAGUUUCUCCGAAUUAUAGGCCAAAAGACAUUGCUGAUGAUAUCCGGAGGGAGUAUGGUAUUCAAUUGAAUUAUUCUCAAGCAUGGCGUGCAAAAGAAAUUGCGAGGGAGCAGCUUCAAGGCUCCUAUAAAGAGGCUUAUAAACUUUUGCCCUUUUUCUGUGAUAAGAUAAAGGAAACGAAUCCAGGCAGCUUCGCUUCCUUUACAACCAAGGAGGACUCGAGCUUCCACCGUCUAUUUGUCUCAUUUCAUGCCUCGAUAUCCGGCUUCCAACAGGGUUGUCGCCCUCUUCUGUUUCUCGAUAGCACAGUUCUUAACUCAAAAUACCAGGGAAUGCUCUUGUCUGCUACGUCUAUUGAUGGGGACGACGGAAUAUUUCCUGUAGCUAUUGCCGUAGUAGAUGAUGAAACUGAGGAUAACUGGCAUUGGUUUCUGCAAGAGCUGAAAUCUGCAAUUUCCACCUCUCAGCAGAUCACUUUUGUUGCAGAUUUUCAGAAUGGAUUGAAGAAAUCUCUGGCUGAGAUAUUUGACAACUGCUGCCACAGCUACUGCCUGCGCCAUCUCGUUGAAAAACUUAACAAGGAUUUGAAGGGGCAGUUUUCUCAUGAAGCAAGGCGAUUCAUGAUUAAUGAUUUUUAUGCUGCGGCUCAUGCACCAAGGCUUGAGGGGUUUCAGCGUGCAGUUGAGAACAUAAGGGGUAUUUCUCCCGAUGCUUACGAUUGGGUUGUACAGAGUGAGCCGGAGCAUUGGGCGAAUGCGUUCUUCGCCGGAGCAAGGUAUAACCACAUGACAUCAGACUUCGGGCAAGAGUUCUAUAGUUGGGUAUCAGAGGCACACGAACUGCCGAUCACACAGAUGAUUGAUACUUUACGAGGAAGGAUGAUGGAAUCCAUAUAUGCACGUCGAGUUGAUUCCAGUCAGUGGGGGUCGAAGUUAACCCUGUCUAUGGAGGAGAAGCUCCAAAUGGAAGCUUCACUGUCGCAUUCACUUCAGGUGUUACUCUCGGAAGGUAGCACCUUUGAAGUUCGUGGAGAUUCUGUUGAUAUUGUCGAUGUCGAUCAUUGGGACUGCAGCUGUAAGGGAUGGCAACUGACAGGUUUGCCCUGUUGCCAUGCUAUUGCCGUCUUCGACUGCAUCGACAGAAGCACUUAUGACUUCUGCUCCAGAUACUUCACGGUCGAAACUUACCGCCUUACCUAUGCUGAGUCAAUAAACCCCGUCCCGAACGUAGAUAAGCCGGUUUUGAGCGAAUCGGCUGAAGCAGUUGUUACCGUGACUCCACCUCCUACGAAACGGCCACCUGGCCGGCCGAAGAUGAAGCCGUUUGAAUCGGUAGACCUGAUUAAACGCCAACUCCAGUGCAGCAAGUGCAAAGGCCUUGGCCAUAAUAAAAAGACGUGCAGGGCCUCUCCCUAGUCCACAUUGUAAGAUAGAGAUCCGGGGUUAUCCACUGAACAUAGGACUGAUUGCUGUGGAGACAUGGGGAAACACAGAAACCGCGAUGCUUGGUGGUUGGUGAACUGCAUUUCAAGAAAGAAAGAUGUAAAUGCUGUAUUUGAAUUUUGCUUCUGAUUGUUAGAGAUAGAUCUCAAAACACUUUUCUUAGGAAUCUAGGAGUCCUUGAAGCUUCUUGCCAGUCAAGUUUUUUACUGUUCUUCUUGCAGGUAGGCAGAGAAAUAGCUAUUUAUCCUAUUGAAUUCGAUCCAUUUGUUUUUCCCUGCACUUGGAAAUAACUUGUGCUUGCUCAUGCCUGUCUAAGACAUGCAUUUGCUUUGAGGGUUUUAAGACUUGUGUUGGAAAGAAGGAUAUCAUCGUC